GGAUCAUAGGCUCCAUGUUUAUUGUGACUCCAGGUCAAAGCUCCCUCCAAACCCACUCUGGGAUCUGAGAGCUAAGCUGGGUUCUUCCCGGCCCUUGCAUCAACCCCCAGAAAGAUUCCCACGCCAGGAACGACUGUUGUCGAUGUGCGAACCAGGCUGCAGCUGCGUCCCAGGAGCAGAACCGAAGGGUCUGUGGGGAGCUGGACUGGAGCCUGCCUUGCUGUGCUGCAUCCUUCGGUAGAGAAUCAGCCCUGCCAAGAGAUCUCACAAAACUAACGGAUCUGAGGACAGUCUCCAGUGACCCUGAGGGCUCCGUCUCCGCAGCAGGAUCGGCCUCCACACACACGCCACCGCACUCCCACCAGGACACGACAGGCACCGGGCACACGUCCACCACAAUGGCAUUCCAGCCAGGAGCAGGGUCAGGGGGACGGCCGAGUGAACCCCGUGGGAAUCAGGACAAAGACAUGAAGGAUUUGUUUGACAGAUUCAUUACGACAGAUGAUGGUGGUUCCACUAUUUUGACCCUUCCCACGCCGUUCAUCUUCACUCUGCGUGAUGCCAAGCAGAAGAUCGUGCGCUUGCAGAGCAAAAAUCUUGUGGCCGAGGCCUCCAACUCGGACCCCGAGAAACUCAGCGUGGUGCCCAACCGGUUCAUAGAGGGCAAACAGAAUCCCAUCAUCCUGGGCGUCCAGGAAGGAAAAAGCUGCCUGUCAUGCGGAACAUCGGCCGAACCCAAGCUGCAGCUGGAGGAUAAGAAUAUCAUGGAAUUAUUUGAAAACAAGGAGCAAGCUGCUCGCUUCACUUUCCACAACAUUCCUGAAGGCAGCACCCACCGCUUCGAGUCGGCCGCCUACCCGGGCUGGUUUCUCUCCACCUCCCAGAAGAGCAGCGAGCCCAUCCGCAUCACCAACCGCAUAGGCGAGACGGAGAUCACUGAGUUCUAUUUUAAAAGGAUUCUGACCUAAUAGCCGCCUGCGAUGGGAAGACACUCGGGGUAUGCGAUGGAAGACGAAGGCCUCAGAGGUUCCCCCCUUCACUCCAAAUGAUAUUGCUUGCUUCUUUUUAGUCCUCGAAAUUAAAGUAUUGUCUGCUCUCCUUUUUCUGGGAGAUUCUCUGGUGACUCCAGAACUUGUGGCAUUAUGACACCACCGGCACCAAGGAAGCAAAUCCUGAGCAGUUGAGAGGGGAUGGGAUAUUUAGCCAGGCUGGUUUUUAUGGUCUUGGUUUUUAUUAACCUCCAGUUAACACAAACACUCAACACAUAGUUGGGAGCAAAGCCUUUGCUGUUAAAGAUCCAGCAAAAGGUCACAGCCAGGCCCUGCUACAAACUCAGAGCAGAGGAGGGCAGGGUGAGCCCCUGCUCUCAGAAUCUCUGUGCCAGCAUCACUAGGUACCCAUCCCAAAAGGAGCUCCAGCCCCUGCAUCAGGGUCAACCGUCAAGGGUCCUGUGACCCAGUCACAUGGGUUCAUGUAGGAUUGGGCAUUGUACUAACAAAUAUGUCCUAUGCAGCAUGUGGCCCCAAGGAAAUGCUGUGGUAGCAUUAGCGGUGCUCUUAGACCCAGGUCAGGAAAGCAGCUGUGGGCAAUAUAGCACUUAAAACACAUGCUUCAAAUUAGUGUGGCUCAUGUUCUUUCCUGACUCAGGGCCAUGGUGCAGGUUCUGAUCUCCUUAGAGAGCUCCCAAAUCCCAUUAGCCACCUUAUAGUGCUUGGAUGCUAUGAGUACGGAUCUAUUUCUGCAGGCACUUUACUCCUGGGUGCACUGCUGCCUAUGCUGGACAUGCUCAUUGCAGUCAGCGGAACGCCUCGCAGUAGGAAGCAGCAGAGGCAAGGUUAAGGUGUUAGCUGGACUGAAUCCUUAGAUAUCUCUCACCGGAUUUAUGCUCCCUCACAUAGAUUUCAAGGCCAGAAGAGACCAUUGUGAGAUCUUCUGUGUCACACAAGCCAGAGAGCUGCCCACAAUAAUCCCUAGAGCACAAUUGUUAGAAAAAAC